CCAAACUAUCCGUGCCCGACCUUUGCCCAUUGCUAUUGCACCGUACUAGAGCUUCUCGCGUGCCAUCUGUAGCGUCAUCAUGUCCCUCAUAUCACCAGGUGACUCGACCUUGUCGUUGUCCAGAUACUCUCGCCCCAACCCAAGUUUCACGCCGCCAAAAGACCUUGUAAAAACCCGCAACCUCCGCAAACACUACAGGAGCCUGUUGGAGGGAAAGACCAAGAUCCAAUACCCUGAAGAUGCCAUCCUCUUCAUCGAAGCCCUCCACUACUACUCUCCCGACCGGUGCGUCGAGUCCCUCGUCAGCAGCCCCCAUGGCCUAGAUGCGGUACGGAGCUGCGUCCAGAUCGAUCUGUCGCCAGUCUUCAUCCAGGCCCACACACUUGUGCUCGUCAGCUACUUUUCAGACCCAUCCAUCGCUACCCUGGCCGACGGCCACUUCCUCGGAGAGGUCCUGGACGCCAUCUUGUCCCCACCUACCUUUUGGCAGGCACUGGUUGCUUCUUUUUUUGGAGGCUUUCUGCAUGGAGGGAGCUUGCUGCCGUUUGCUUGGCUGGUCUGCGACGUUGCAACCAGUUCAGGUGGCAGUGACAAUGACUACAAUUUUAUAUCAGACAUCAGGGCGAUACUUGAACAGGGUUCUCUGUACACAGCCGCGUCUGCCGACGUUCGAUACCUGGCGUUCAAAGCCCACCAAGCAGUCUACCCGCUCAGUACCCCUGGCAUGGCGGAGCAGUUAGUACGCUCCGGUGAAAGGGCCUCAAGUGAAUUGGCGACAAGUCAAGACAUGUCCGGAUGCCCGAGUCCAGAGCGGUUCUUGUUCAAUGCCCAGGAUAGUGAGUUGGACAGGCGCUCUCACCUCAACCUGGAGCUCAACCGCAUGAGAUGGGAGCGCCAGUCUACAUACAGCCAGCAGCUGCGGGAGAUCAAGGAUCAGGUGGAGCAAGCACAACGGGUUAUGCAGGAGAUAAUCAAGGAGGAAAGGAGUCUAGACGAACUGGCGCAAGAGGUUAACAACUUGAAAAAUCUCCAAGAGGCCGUGAAGCGCAAACAAGAAAUCAAGCUAUCCCAAGUUGCUGUGGCUGUUGCCAGCAGAGCGCCCACUCCUCCCCCGACGGACCGUGGGCCCCUGCAGAGACUCCCAAGCAAGGCUAGGCAGGAGUGGGAGCAUCUGAAAAGAGCCGAGGGUGCCCAGAGCGCCGCCCUGGAUGAUCUGAUGGAGAUGACGGGGCUUGAAGAAGUCAAGGAAGCUUUCCUGACGAUGCAGAACAUGGUGGAUGCAAAGAUGCGCCAGAAUGUCUCUCUGCAGGGUGAGAGGUGGGGUGCUAGUCUGCUUGGAAAUCCUGGAACAGGCAAGACCACCGUUGCAAGGCUGUAUGGCAAGUUUCUCACGUCCGUUGGAGCCAUCGCGGGUACAAGAUUCGAGGAGACAACGGGAGCCAAACUCGCUCACCUCGGCGUCUCCGGCUGCGAGUCUCUCAUCGCCGAUAUUCUGGAGUCGGGAGGCGGUGUUCUCUUCGUUGACGAGGCGUAUCAGCUCACUUCAGGCAACAAUCAGGGCGGUGGCGCUGUGCUUGAUUUUCUGCUAGCAGAGAUCGAGAAUUUGGUUGGUAAGAUCGUGUUUGUCAUCGCGGGUUAUGACAGCGAUAUGGAGGCUUUCUUUGCACACAACACGGGCCUCCGGAGUCGAUUUCCCCACCAACUGCGCUUUUCCGACUAUACAGACGAAGAGAUCCAUUAUAUCCUCCAGCACAAAAUCGACAAGCGGUAUAAUGGGAAGAUGCGUUGUGAAGGCGGACUCUCGGGAUCCUGUUGUCGAAUGGUAGCAGAACGGAUCGGUCGUGGGAGGGCAAAACCAGGCUUUGGAAACGCGCGUACGGUUGAAAAUGAGGUUGUGAACAUCCUGCAGAGACAGGCCACCAGGCUGGCGCGUGAGAGAAGAGAGGGUCUCAAACCCGAUGACUUGUUUCUCAGCAAGGAGGACUUGCUUGGUGUGGACGUCUCAACGCCGGCAACAGAUGACGAUGAGGCCGGUCCAAGUGAAGUGAAGCAACCCGAGCGCGGGCGGCGGCCGGGGGAGAUGAAACGAAUAUACAGCAUGCGGGCUGUCAAGGGCGCACUCCUUUCGCUCGUCGGUGCUGCUGAGGGUGACAAAGCGCCUCCUAAUCGAGAGCGGGCAUCUUCUCGUUGAGUUGAUAGCUUGUUACGGCGCAGAUGGGUACCUGAGGUAGGUAGGUAGGUAGAUAUCUAAGUACCUAUCUGCCUACCUAACUUGGUCUAGGUGGCUAUGUAAGGGCCCGCUUUCGAGCUGUUGGCUAAGUAGACUACAGGAGCGGCCUUGGCGCCUAUGAAGCAACAAGAGGUUAAAGAGCUAGAGGAGAGAAUUAGAGCAAAGGCCUAUGUAGAAUGGAUGACAGAAUUGAAGGCCGCCUACCAAGGCGAGAAUAGAGAAUAGACAUUAGAUAGUACCUACUUAGGUGUCUUUCUAGGUAUCUCGGGCAGUAAUGGGUGGUACGUCAGCAAGUCGCUUUGAGGAACCGAAUGGAAAUGAAUGACGAACAGCAGCAUAUGCCUGUUUCGAGGCUAGGUGGCUUUUUUUCGGGAGCGAGAGCAGAACUGCCUAAGGUAUCUUUUAAUGGCCGACAUUGUUCGCACAA